AUGGAGCUGGCAGAUGCGCUCCACUACAGAGACAUCAAACCAGAGAACCUGUUGCUGGGAGGAAACGGGGAGCUGAAGAUCGCUGACUUUGGUUCUUCUGUUCACAUUCCAUCUUUAAGGAGGUCCACCCUGUGUGGAUCGCUGGACGACCAAACUCAGGAUGAGAAGGACCUGUGGAGUCUGGGGGUCCUUUGCUAUGAGUGUCUUGUUGGAAAACGUCCAUUUGAAACAAAAAGUCACGGAACCUACCGUAGGAUUUCUAAGGUGGAGUACAGUUCCCCUCCACAUGCUUCCAUUAGUGCCGGAGCUAAAGACUUGCUGGCCAAGCUGCUGCAGCCCAACCCCAUGCACAGGUUGCCCAUUGAAGGCGUCGUCUCCCAUCCCUGGGUCCUCAAACGCUCCACCAAGGCCCACGACUUGUGA